AUGGUCGGGCAAGCAUUGACUUCCGUUGCCAUUGUUGGUGGUGGCCCUGGAGGACUCGGCACUGCAAUCGCCCUUUCCAAACUACCGUUUUUGCGAGUAACACUUUACGAAAAGAACCCAGAGCCACGAGAAGCCGGUGCUGGGAUUAGUCUUAGCACAAAUGCGUGGAAAGUUUUGGAUUUGCUCGGAGCAAGUGAUGGGGUUAAGGGGGGGUCCAAGUCGAACACACACCAGAGGAAUGCAUACACAGGAAAGGUCCUGAGUGUUGUUCAAAAUCCGGAGAAUUCGGAAGCACAUCAUCGCGGUGCGAUCCGUGCUCGCAGGACCCGGCUGCAGUCAGCUCUCUUGGCAAAGGUGCCUGAAGGUAUAAUCAAAUACGGCAAAAAGCUUGUGUUUUUGGAAGAUUUGCCGGGACAUGGUGUUCGCUUGGUCUUCGAGGAUGACUCGGAAGUUAUACCGGAUAUUGUCGUCGGGGCUGACGGACUCCAUUCUAUUAUUCGGAAAGCUUUGUUCAAGGACCACCAGCUUCACUUUACUGGAAACAGCGCUUUUCGUGUCCUUGUUCCGAGAUCGAAACUCUCUCAUAUACCAGACAUCACGUCCACAACGGCAUGGUGGUGGGGCGAAGCUGGUCAUGUAUAUCUGUCUGAUGUGGAUGACGAGGAUGAAAGUGCCGAUCCGCUUUUUGAAAUAACUGUUAGAUCCUACCGUGAACCUGAUAUUCCAGGCAAGACAGUAUUUUGGGGGAUCCCAGCUACCAAUCAGAAAGUGGGGUCUCGUGUUGAGAAUUUCGACCAGAGAUUGAAAGAUGCCAUCAGAGCAGUCCCUGAAGGUGAAUGGAGGGAAUUUGCUACAUUCGCAGGACCCCGUCUGGACAAAAUUAUCGGCUGGGAUAAGAUUGCUCUUAUUGGGGACGCCAGUCAUCCUCUCUCGGGCGCAUUUGGUUCUGGUGCGACAUUUGCUAUGGAGGACGGUUGGAUUCUUGCUCGAGCACUUGAGCUUACCCAUUCGGCUGGGCUCCCCGCACAAGAGGCCCUUGAGAUUUUUGACCAUAUUCGGUCUCCCUAUUAUGCCAAGAUGUACCGCAAUCUGGAUGAAACUAAAGCCAAGAUGCAGCAAUUCAAAGUGGAAAACACGGAGUUUGAUGCUUUCCUCAAAGCUAAAAUCGAUACAUUCCUCUAUGGCGACAAGGAUUUUAUCCACAAAAACGAUAUCGAGAAAGUUUGGAAAGAUUAUCUUCUCACACAGGUGAGAUCGAAGUAA